UGAAAAUUGAAGGCCUGAACAAAGAAAAAAAGAAUACUUUUGAUUUUGAGUCUCAGCCGUCAAAUUCACCUGACCACCCAUCCAUCCAUCAUCGUCAUUAUCUCUAUUUCUGGAGAAGAAGAAGAAGGGUUGGGUUUCUCAAAUUUGAUUCAAAAGAGUUGAAAAUUUGAGUGGUGGUUGGUGUUACAGAAAUGGUACCUAUUGUAACAUACUAAGUUGGGGCUGGCUGGUUUUGUUCAGUGGAUGUAAAAACCCGUAUUGAUGAUGGGGUUGGAGAGUUAGGUUGCUCUAUUGAUGAAGUAGAAUUCGUAGACUGUGGAGAUAAUGUUGCACUUCUUGAACCAUAUGAGGGUAUGGAAUUUGAAUCUGAAGAUGCGGCUACAGCAUUUUAUGAUGACUAUGCUACACAAGUAGGGUUCAUCAUGCGUGUCAUGGCAUGCCGCCGUUCAGAAGUUGAUGGAAGAAUUCUUUCUCGUCGACUUGGAUGUAAUAAGGAAGGUCGUUGUAAUAGUACUAAAGGCAAACAUGGACCCCUUAGGAAGCCGAGGACCAGCGCACGAGAAGGUUGUAAAGCAAUGAUCCUGGUAAAGAUAGAGAAAUCUGCAAAGUGGGUUGUGACAAGAUUUGUGAAGGACCAUAAUCAUCCACUAGGGGUUUCUACCCGUGAACGUCGUCAUAAAAUGGAUGAGAAGGAUAAGAGAAUUCAAGAAUUAACAGCAGAACUUCGUCGCAAAAAACGCUUGUGUGCGGCAUAUCGAGAACAACUAAACACACUUAUGAAAGACGUGGAAGAACACAAUGAACUGCUGUCAGCAAAGGUCCAAGUCAUUGUCAAUAAAAUGAAAGACGUUGAGUCGGAAGAUUAACAGAUUUCAUGCUACACAGCACUGUUAAGCACAUUUGGUGAGCUUUUGUGUAACAUAUGCUCUGAAAAGAGUUUCAUCCGUUAAAUUUUGCAACUCAAACUGUAGUUUGUUACCUUUGAUAUCCUCUCUUUUAACGUCGGAUCAUGUGAUUCAUGUCAGUAGAGAAAGUAUGAAAGAUUAUCUUCGAGCUAAAGUAUACAUGGGUUCUAUGAGAUGGAUGCAGAGAAAGAAAUUCUAGACAAGGGACAGUUUUAAAAGUAAUCUAUUCGAGAAAAUUAGAUCAAUCAAGACCUUCACGACGAGGAAAAGAAGCUUCAGUAAAGUUGUAGAGGCCAAGUAGUUCAGAGUACAUAUGUAUUUUGUGAAGCAACGACCCGUUGUUCUUGUAAAAAGUUAGGUCCGCUGGGCAGCUAAAUUAGUGUAAGAGGGUAUUUACAGACCUUGAUUUGGUCACUACAGUAAGCACAAACUUUUGUAACCAAAUUAGGUGAAGCUACUAUUGGGUUUUGAACCCUAAAAAGC